AUGGCCCUGACGAGCAUCUUCGCCACCUUCAACGCAUCAAUAGCAAAAUACCUGCAACACCUCCCAACUGGUGAGCUGGUGGUAAUAGUGGGGCUCUACUCGCUUUGUGCUUCCUGUUUGGUCAUCACUAUGAGCGGGGUGUCUCUGUUUUACUUUCCUAAUAAGAAGCUGGUCGCUGCUAGAGUUUUGGUGGGUACUGCUUCUUAUGUUGCCAGAGUUUGGAGCUUCCAGAUUCUCCCGUUAGGAGAUGCCAGUGCGUUGGUUUCCACAGCUCCACUCUUCACAGGAGUUAUAGCUAGAAUAUUCAUCAAGGAAACACUGAGUUUGGUGGAUAUUCUCUCCAUGCCGGUGGGGUUAUGUGGUGUAGUUCUCAUAUCAAAGCCUGUGAUCUUGUUUAAGACAGAGGAAGAUCAUGACCAGCCGCCGUGGUACAACUCCUUGGUACCUGUCUUCUCUGCUGUCACCCUAGCUAUGAUCAAUGUAAUGCAGAGGAAGCUAGGUGGAUCAGUAGACAGUGUAAUAAUCUCAUUUUACAUUGUGGUGGCACAGCUGUGUGUUGGUACUGGAUAUGAGGCUGCUUUCUCUGGCAAAUUCUUCGAACAGCUACCCAAAUGCUUGGCUCCCAGAACUCUUCUUGUGCUCUCGGGGGUUUGUCAACUUGCUUACUUUGUCACAGCUAACUUGACGUUAAAGUACGAGAAAGCUACCACCUCAACUCUCUUUAGGAAUGUUGAUACUGCGCUGGCGUUCUUUGUACAAGCAAUAGUGUUUGGGGUGUCUGUGGAGACAUUUUCGGUGGUCGGAGUGCUUUUGAUUAUGUUGGGAACCGCUGGCCUUACUCUAGCUAAAAUAUGCAAUUUUACCUGUGGUGUAGAGUUCUGA